AUGGAGAACUGGCACAUGUGGUUGGCGUCUGGUCCAGUCAGCUCUCAGUGGCUACAACCAGUCCGCAUGGACUACCCUGCAUCGGCCCCCCGCAUUCGCUCGCGGUUUCGAUUCCAGAACGGGCUGCUUCUUUCGGGCCGACGACCGACAACAAGGAGAAGCAUCUUCGACUGCCGAACCCUCUACGGUCGCACGUAUCAGCACUCGGAAACAACCGAACAUCCGUGUCUCAACGGUGAGAGGCAGAAUACCGCCCUGGAUAUAGCCCACCACUUCAUCAAAUCACUUUUGGGCGGCCGACUCUUUGAGGCCCCGAUUCAUGCAAGGCUACACCGUAUUCUAGACCUGGGUACUGGCACUUGA